GUAUACCUCUGGUUCAUGGAUGUCAGAAAAUAUUCUACAGAACUAGAAAAUAAACUUAAAGGAUCAGGGAGUUAAAGCAAUUUUUCUAUGAGGAAAUGCCAUAACUCUUCAGGGAUAUUAUACAGAUUUUUAUUCACUGAGUGAAUAAAACAACAAGAAGAUUUUUUCUCCCUCUUUCAUAUUCCUAGAACUUAGCAUCAUCCAAUGAAGCUAAUUGGCAGGAGAAUCAAGACAGCUAAAAGAAAGUAUUAAUUCAUGCAGCACAUUGUUGAAUCUGUAAUGAAUGGGCUAAUUGGGACUUUUCACCUCUGUCUGUCUCUUAACACACAUUAACAUAUAUAUUUGUUUUCCACAGUUUGCAAUUUUAUGUCUCAUGAGAAGUGCCUGAAGUAUGUGAAGAUACCAUGUUCAUCUAUUGCUCCAAAUCUUGUAAGGGUUCCAGUUGCACAUUGUUUAGGACCUGUAGGUCAUUACAAGAGGAAAUUCUGUUCUGUGUGCAGAAAGCAACUGGAAAGUCCAGCAUUCCGCUGUGAAGUGUGUGAGCUACACGUCCACACAGACUGUGCCCCAUUUGCUUGCAGUGAUUGCCGUCAGUGCCAUCAAGACGGUCAUCAAAAUCAUGAUAUGUAUCACCAUCACUGGAGGGAGGGAAACCUUCCGUCAGGCUCACGAUGCAAAGUCUGUAAGAAAACCUGUGGCUCUUCUGAAGUGCUCUCGGGUAUGAGAUGUGAAUGGUGUGGCAUCCUGGCUCAUGCUGCUUGCUAUGUGAUUGUGCCUCCAGAAUGUACUUUUGGAAGAUUAAGGAACAUGAUUCUUCCCCCCAAUUGUGUGCGAUUAUUUUCUCGGAACUUCAGUAAAAUGCACUGUUUCAGAAUAUCAGAAAGCAUACAAACAGAGCCAGACGAUGAUGAUGAUGGUGAUAAUUCCACACAAUUAUCACUAAAAGAAUCCCAGGUUUCAGCAGAUUCAAGUAAACAAAUAUUAAAAAUAUAUGAUGGGAAUGAUGCUGUAAAACGUAAUCAAUAUCGGCUUAUUACCAUUCCAAGGAUUGCAAAAAAUGAAGAAGUUGUGGAGGCUGCACUGAGGGCAUACUACAUCAGUGAUGAUCAACAAGAUUACGAACUCCAGACAUUCACUCAGCAGGCCUUGUUUUGUGACGACAUCAUUAAUAGGAACGAUACCAUUGAAGAGGCGCAGCCUGGGUCUGUAUUCCGAGAAGCAGUUCCUGAGGCUUGGGUUAUCAGAGCUAAACCUAAGGAGAAUGAAGUCAUAAAGAUUUAUCCUGGCUGGCUGAAGGUUGGAGUGGCCUGUGUCUCAAUACGCAUAAAUAAGGGAAGUACUACCGAAAUGGUGAUUAAAGAAGUUCUCCCACUACUUGGAUACCAGUCAGAUUGCUUCCAAAGCUUCAAAUUGGUGGAGGUUCUGAUGAGCUCCAAGCAAGUUCAGCGAAUGGUGCUGGAUGAUCAUGAAUCAAUUAUCAGCAGAUUACAAGACAUCAGAAAGACAUCAUUACGUCAGAUGAACCAAACAAGAUUUUACAUUGUAGAAAACAAUAUAUCAACUGUGUGUGUCCAUCUGUUUGUUGGUGGUCUACCACUUCAUCUUCCUCCGGACGAAUACACAAAAAUACUCAAAGAUGAAUUAGCCAUCAAAACAAAUUUAGUUUCUGUGAGUCACAUAUAUUCAUCUCAAGGUGCUGUUGUACUAGAAAUUUCUUGUUUUUCUGAAGCUGAAAGACUGUAUAUGUUAGCUAAAGACACUUCUGUCAAUGACAAGGCAUUAACUGCAGUUAUUCUCCCUGAAAUUCUGGUAAGAUCCAUUGGCUGUCUAUA